AUGAAAAAACGAUACCCGGGUACCGGGGGUUGGGGACCAGGAACGCCCGCGCUCAGCUUUGACCCCGGCGGUGGGCGGAGGAGGCGGGGCGAGCCGCGCAGCCAGGAAGGGGGCGGGGCCCGGGGCCUGGAGGCGGGGCCUGGGGCUGUCAGUCCCGCGCCCGCCGCCGCGCCGCGGCUCCUCGCAUGCCGUGGCCCGGGUGGCUGCAACGCUGCCGCCCGCCGCCCGCCACCCUGGCACCCCGAGCCGCCUCCCGCCGCCCCGGCCCGGCGCGCAGGUCUUAGAAGAACACUCCCUCUGGAGCCAUCAUUUACGCGUGAGGACACUGAGGCCCUGAGCUUAGAUAACUUGUUCAAAGUGGCCCUGCUGAUAAGCUGCAUGGAUGAAGUCAGCGGUUUUAGGCAUGUCUUUCCACCAGCUUCUGGAAGAAUAGCACACAGGCCGUCCCCCCUCCCCCAUUCAAAGCAGCAGAAGGUGGAGUGAAGACCAUGACUAGGGCGGUUCCUGGCUCUGUGUGAUCAGAGGGUGAUAUUAGGUUCAGGGCCCGGCUUAUCAGUGCUGCACUGAUAUUCACAGAGCAUUCGGCUCUGGAGGCUUUGCACCUGUUUAUAAUGCAUUGUCAAAACUUGGUGUUGGCUGCCUCUUUAAAGAAUUGAUUUAAUAAACCCUGCGUUUCUGGA